AUGGCCAGCAAUCGCCUCCCGUCGCUGAGCGCCGUCUCCAACUACAGAACGGAAAUUGCCUCGCAGAGCUCCCCGUCACUAUCCACGGGAAAAGCCACCCCAGACAGCCAGAAGCAGCCGCGCAAGAGAAAGGGACAUCGAGGCGGCAAAAAGAAGCGCUCUCGACGAAAGAGUUUUGCUGCUCUUGCCGAGGACAGCCAUGAUGAAGCUGGUCCUUCGGGCCCCGGGUUGCUGUAUCAAGUGCCAAAGGCCAACCUGAGCAGUAUCAGCAUCGACAGCGAGGCUUUGCUUGACCACCGAGGGCAGAGACCUAUGCGAACCCGCCGUUCAUCCACCAUAGCAGUGUCUAGUCCCUUCCAUAAUCCCUUUUCCUCGACUCCGGGUGGUAGCCGACUGCGAUCUACGCACACUCCCAAUAGCCCCAAUGAGAAUGCCGAGCAUGAUCCGUGGGACGAGACCGCUCCUCUGUUGUCGGCAUCCGCCAAGAAAGCAUCUCCAACGGGUCCCUCGAGCUAUGGAGCAAGUGAGGGCAAGACCGGUCGCAACAGAAGCCGAAGAUCCAGCAGAUCGUCGAGAACCAAGCCGGCCCCUUCGCAAAGGGAUGGCUACGAUGUGAAUCAUCCACCGUCCGUCCCAGGUUCGCCAACGUUCGGUGCUGCGACUGGCCCCGAGAUGAUGUUUGGAGACGUCAUGAUUCGGGAUGACUUAUCUCUUCCGAGCGGUAGCGGUCGGUGCUCAGACAACGAGGAGGCUGUGUCGGUCACAGAAAGUCCACUUCAUGACCACAGGCCCGAGAUAAACCGACGAUCAACAGUGGCCGCUGCUGGGGACGUAUGCUUCCCAGCCCCUGGCAUGUCAGAGCUUGGCGAAGAGGAAGAUGAUGCUCAGUCUCGAGAUCCUCAAAUCCACCAGCGGCAUGCACGUCGACGACGGGGCCAAUGGCCGGACCUGUCAGUGUUGGAGGAAUGGAGGCAGUAUGAAAAGGAGGAUAGAAGCGAAGAACGACGAGUGAAACGAAUAACGGAGCCGCAGUUGAUCAACGGGCGGCUACGUCCCGUACGAAAGGGGUGGUUCCAGACUGAUGAAGACGUUCCAUAUCGAUUCACUUAUUUCAACGAAGAAUUUCAAAGCACCAUCCACAGUCAGACGAUAUCGGAGCUCGUCCAGCCUGGAAGCGACUUUCGAGAGCUCUUCAUCCCAGAUCCUCGCAUUCUGUCAGACGACGAGAGCAGCGACGACGAUGAUGAGACCAUUUCGCUAGCGAUGAAGCACCAGCAGUCUUUUAACGGCUUAGAUGUCGACUCCAAAUUUCCGACACGCCAACCAUCUAUUGCGGAGUCACGAAAGGGAAGGGGAGGCACCAUGUCGCCAAACUUGGAUCCCAUGAACCAUUCUAGGCGCGUCAGCCCGAAUGGCGCUAAAUCACCCGGAGGCAGUGUUCAACCCCCUGCUGCAGACACAGCCGAAAAGCCUAUUAGAUAUGGCGACAGGCCUGUCUGGUGGCUCGACGUUCUCUGCCCUACAGAGGCGGAAAUGAAGGUCAUUGCGAAGGCAUUCGGAAUCCAUCCCCUCACCGCCGAAGACAUCAUGCUUCAAGAAGCCCGAGAGAAAGUAGAACUGUUCCGUCACUACUAUUUUGUCAACUACCGCACAUUUGACCAGGACAUCAACAGCGCGAACUACCUCGAACCAGUCAACAUGUACGUCGUUGUUUUCCGCGAAGGUGUGCUCAGUUUCCACUUUUCCAUGACACCGCACCCUGCGAACGUACGCAGACGCAUCCGGCAGCUUAAAGACUAUCUCAUUCUAUCGUCUGACUGGAUCUCAUACGCCAUCAUUGAUGACAUCACCGAUGUUUUCCAACCCCUUAUCCAAAUCAUCGAAGACGAAGUUGACGAGAUUGACGAGAACAUAUUACGGAUGCAUACACCCGAAAGGGACGAGAAAACGGCCCAUCUCCGAGACGACAGCUCCUCCUUCUUCGACUCGGGGGACAUGCUCCGAAGGGUGGGUGACUGUCGCAAACGAGUCAUGAGUCUGUAUCGCCUUCUAGGCAACAAAGCAGAUGUCAUCAAAGGUUUCGCCAAGCGAUGUAACGAAAGCUGGGAAGUUGCGCCCAGGUCCGAGAUAGGACUUUAUCUGGGAGAUAUCCAAGAUCAUAUUGUGACCAUGACAUCCAAUUUGGGUCACUAUGAAAAGAUAUUGGCCCGCUCACACGGCAACUAUCUCGCCCAAAUUAACAUCCGCAUGAACGAGAGACAAGAGCAAACUGCCGAUGUCCUUGGAAAGCUCACCGUCCUGGGUACCAUUGUGCUCCCCAUGAACAUCAUCACCGGCUUGUGGGGCAUGAACGUCUGGGUUCCCGGGCAGGAGUACGAGGGUGAUUUGGCAUGGUUUGUGUGGAUAACCGCCGGCCUGUUGUGCUUUGGCAUAGCGUGUUAUAUGAUUGCUAAGAGGGUAUAUAAUAUUGUUUGA